AAACCGAAUCAGAAGGUCAGCCAUAUUGCCGCGCUUUACUGACUUGAACUGAGACAGGGGAGUUUCCGCGGCUGCUGAUCAGACACCGAGGCUGCUAAAAUCACACCUGUCCUGAGGAACUGCACUGGGGAAACGUCAGUCUGCCCGAAGUAUCGGAGGCCGGUUUUUCAGAUCUUUGCUGAGACGUUGAAAGCAGACUCAAAAUGCCCAAACCAGUCAAUGUUCGCGUCACCACCAUGGACGCUGAGCUGGAGUUUGCAGUCCAGCCCAGUACCACUGGCAAGCAGCUCUUUGACCAGGUUGUUAAGACCAUCGGCCUGCGUGAGGUGUGGUACUUCGGCCUGCAGUAUGUGGACAGCAAAGGAUACCUUACCUGGCUGAAGCUUGAUAAGAAGGUGUCGUCCCAGGACGUGAAGAAGGAGAACCCCCUGCAAUUCAAAUUCCGGGCCAAGUUCUUCCCCGAGGACGUGUCGGAGGAGCUUAUCCAGGACAUCACGCAGAAGCUCUUCUUCCUGCAGGUGAAGGAGAGCAUCCUGAGUGAUGAGGUGUACUGCCCGCCCGAGACUGCCGUGCUGCUCGCCUCCUACUCCGUGCAGGCCAAGUUCGGCGACUUCUCCAAGGACGUCCACCGCGCCGGAUACCUGACCUCCGACCGCCUGCUGCCCCAACGUGUUCUGGAGCAGCACAAGCUGUCCCGGGAGCAGUGGGAGGAACGCAUCCAGGUGUGGCACGAAGAGCACCGUGGAAUGCUCAAAGAGGACGCCAUGCUGGAGUACCUGAAGAUCGCGCAGGAUCUGGAGAUGUACGGCGUCAACUACUUCGACAUCAAGAACAAGAAGGGAACAGACCUGUGGCUGGGCGUGGACGCCCUGGGACUCAACAUCUACGAGAAGGAAGACAAGCUGACCCCAAAGAUAGGAUUCCCCUGGAGUGAAAUCAGAAACAUUUCCUUCAAUGACAAAAAGUUUAUCAUCAAACCCAUUGACAAGAAGGCUCCAGACUUUGUGUUCUACGCCCCUCGCCUGCGCAUCAAUAAGCGCAUUCUGCAGCUGUGCAUGGGGAACCACGAGCUGUACAUGCGACGCCGCAAGCCCGACACCAUCGAGGUGCAGCAGAUGAAGGCGCAGGCCCGCGAGGAGAAGCACCAGAAGCAGAUGGAGAGAGCUCAGCUGGAGAACGAGAAGAAGAAGAGGGAGGCCAUUGAAAAGGAGAAGGAGCAGAUGGAGAGAGAGAAGCAGGAGCUGAUGAUGAGGCUCUACCAGUUCGAGGAGAAGACCAAGAAAGCGGAGAAAGACCUGCAGGAGCAGAUGAUGCGGGCCAUGCAGCUGGAGCAGGAGCGCCGGAGGGCAGAGGAGGAGGCGGCCCGUCUGGAGGCCGAGCGCCAGUCCGCCCUGAUGGCCAAAGAGGAGCUGGCGCGGCAGGCAGAGGAUCAGCUCAAGAGCCAGGAGCAGCUGGCCGCCGAGCUGGCAGAGCACACUGCCAAGAUUGCCCUGCUGGAGGAGGCUAAGAGGCGCAAGGAAGAAGAGGCCGACACGUGGCAGCACAGGGCCCAGGAAGCCCAGGAUGACCUGAUGAGGACCAAGGAGGAGCUGCACAUGGUGAUGACAGCCCCGCCCCCUCCUCCCCCGCCCCCCGUCUACGAGCACGUGGACGAGAACGAGCAGGACGACAGCGAGGAGAACAACAGCACCUACAGCGCCGACCUGCAGAACGAGGGCAUCAACGACCACCGCAACGAGGAGGAGCGCCUCACGGAGGCGGAGAAGAACGAGCGCGUGCAGAAGCAGCUGAUGGCGCUGAGCUCGGAGCUGGCCCAGGCCCGCGACGACAGCAAGAAGACCCAGAACGACCUGCUCCACACGGAGAACGUGCGUGCCGGCCGCGACAAGUACAAGACACUGCGGCAGAUCCGGCAGGGUAACACCAAGCAGAGGAUCGACGAGUUCGAGGCCUUGUAAUGGCGAGCGUGGCAAAGCCGGGGGGCCCCGCCCACCACAUCCCUUUUUUUUGAGUGGUCACUGCAGAAACGUCCACCAGUCCCCUCCCCCGCCCACCUCCUUGGCCCCACCCCCCCCUAGUCACAACCACUAUUCCAUUCAGAGAACCAGUUCCGCACAAGGCUCUGGCAGCGUGUAAGGGCUUUACAUUUAUGGAGGAAAUAUCUACCAUUCCAGUGCCAAAAAAAAAACACUUUUCUUUUCUUUUUUUUUGAGCAUAUAAGUGAAUCAUAGUGCUGUUUUUGAUUGUAUGUGAUUUGAGAAGGUCAGGCGGAAUUGCUGUUUUUAACUAUAGGUGUGGUGAGUUAGAGGGACAUUUGUGUAGACAAAUAGUAUGCCAUAAGAUGUAGGGAUGUUCAAUUGCUGACAAGAACAUCACUUUUCUAUAUUUAUUAUUUUUGCGUAUGUUGGAAAAAAACAGGCAAUUUUCUUUUUUUUUCUCUGUAG